UUAAUUCAUUUUAAUUAAUUGUCGUGUAGAUUGUUGUGGAUGACGUGACCCAUUUAAUAUUUUUUAAGUUAACAAUUAUAUUAUUAAUAUAAUUGUUUAUAAUAAACAUGUGGGCUGAUACUGUUUUAAUUGUAUUUAUAAGUAUUUGCACAGCAUUAUUUGGUGAAGGAUUGACAUGGCUAAUGGUUUACAGAACAGAAAAAUAUCAAAAAUUAAAAACAGAAGUUGAAAAACAAAGUAAAAAAUUGGAAAAAAGAAAAGAAGCUCAUGGUGAUUCACUUGAUAAACAACAAAAAAAGAAAAUUGAACGUGAAGAAGAAAGAUUAAAAAAUAACAAUCGUGAUUUAUCACUUGUUAAAAUGAAAUCAAUGUUUGCCAUUGGUUUUGCAUUUACAGCAUUAUUGAGUAUGUUUAACAGUAUAUUUGAUGGUAAAAUUGUUGCAAGACUACCAUUUACACCAAUAACAUGGGUCCAAGGAUUAUCACACAGAAAUUUACCUGGUGAUGAUUAUACUGAAUGUUCAUUUAUAUUUUUAUAUAUUUUAUGCACAAUGAGUAUUAGACAGAAUAUACAAAAACUUUUGGGUUUUGCACCUUCAAGAACAGCUGCCAAACAAGGAGGAAGUCUAUUUGGAGCUGUUCCUCAACCAUCAAAAUAAUUUUUCAUUUCACAAAUUAAUUUGAAAGAAAAAAAAACAUCAAAUUAUUUUAAUUUAUCAAACAGUCAAUAAGAUCCUUCUUCAUUUAGCUAA